AUGUUCGGUGCAGGACUGCUAUCAAAAUUCAACUUUAUUCAGGAUAACAGAGAGAAGCAGAAGACUAGCAGCGUAUCGGAUGAUUUAAGUCUAUCCAACAGCACAACUGACACGGACAAUGAAACAACAGUAGUGCAAACAUCACCGCUGCAUGAGCCUCGGCUACUGGUAAAGAAAGAAUCGUUGGCUGAAGCCGACUAUGAUCAAAUUGCCAGUUUUAAGAAAAAAUUUUUCAAAAAUCGGAAAAUAUCGUUGGCUGACAAAGAUGUCAAGUCAGCUGUAAGAAAUAACGACAAAGCAGUAAAGUUAGCAGUAGUAGAACAGUUAAAGGAAAUUACUAAAGACCAGGUGAAUACGCCAACCGACGAACCGGCAAAGGUUACGGCCUAUAAAGAGAAGUCGGCUUCAUUGUUGGUCAAAGAUCCUGGUCCAGUAGUGCCAGUAAAACCGGUCACUCAUCAUCUGCAAGCAUCCAUCAUGUAA